GAGGAGUUUGAUGCAAUUUCAGCUCUGUGUUCCUCCUGGAGAGUCAUUACAGAGUUUCUCUAGGACCAUCCCUCCUCCCUUACCCCUCUUCUGAAGAUGUCCUCCAUGGUGCUGUUGCUAGGCUGGAUAGUGGGGGUGAGCUUUUCCAUUUCUGGAUCCAGUGGGGCUCAGUUCAAUGAGUCUUUUUACAUGGAUCGGUGUAAGAAGACCACCACUUGUGAGUCCCUCAAGUAUAACGUGUGCCUUGGCUCCACUUUACCCUAUGGAUUGACCUCCACUGUCCUGGCUGAGGACUCCUCUUCCCAGGAAGAAGUUCUCGGUAAACUGCAGCUGUGGUCCGGUUUGCGGAAUGCUCCCCGCUGCUGGGAGGCUAUACAACCCCUGCUGUGUGCUGUGUACAUGCCAAAGUGUGAGGCAGGCAAAGUAGAGCUGCCAAGUCAGGGCCUGUGUCAAGCUACACGUGGCCCUUGUGCCAUUGUAGAACGUGAGAGGGGCUGGCCAGACUUUCUGAAGUGCUCCACUGAUCGCUUCCCUGAGGGCUGUCCGAAUGAGGUACAGAACAUCAAGUUUAACAGCUCAGGACAGUGUGAGGCACCUUUGGUCCGCACAGACAAUCCCAAGAGCUGGUACGAGGAUGUGGAAGGCUGUGGUAUUCAGUGUGAGAACCCACUCUUCACCAUGAAGGAGCAUCGUGAAAUGCAUGUCUACAUCGCCAUAUUCAGCUCAGUCACCAUAUUCUGUACCUUCUUCACUCUGGCCACAUUCUUAUCAGACUGGAAGAACUCCAACCGUUAUCCUGCUGUGAUUCUUUUCUAUGUUAAUGCUUGCUUCUUCAUGGGCAGCAUUGGGUGGCUCGCACAGUUCAUGGAUGGUGCCCGCAAUGAAAUAGUCUGUCGGGGGGAUGGCACAAUGAGGCUCGGUGAACCCACAUCAAAUGAGACACUCUCCUGUGUUAUUAUAUUUAUUAUUGUGUACUAUUCCAUGAUGUCAGGGGUAAUCUGGUUUGUUAUGCUGACUUAUGCUUGGCACACAUCCUUCAAAGCUCUGGGCACCACUUACCAGCCCCUCUCUGGCAAGACAUCAUAUUUCCACUUGGUGACGUGGUCCAUCCCUUUUGUCCUCACCGUGGCCAUCCUUGCAAUAGCUCAGGUGGAUGGUGACUCUGUAAGCGGGAUAUGCUUUGUGGGGUACAAAAACUAUCGCUAUAGAGCUGGCUUCGUGUUAGCCCCCAUUGGAAUAGUACUGGUUGUAGGGGGUUACUUCCUAAUCCGAGGGGUAAUGACAUUAUUUUCCAUCAAGAGCAAUCAUCCUGGGCUCCUUAGUGAGAAAGCAGCCAGUAAAAUCAAUGAAACCAUGCUGCGACUAGGAAUAUUUGGAUUCUUGGCUUUUGGCUUUGUGCUUAUAACUUUUGGCUGCCAUUUCUAUGACUUCUUCAACCAGGCUGAGUGGGAGAGGAGCUUCCGGGAAUAUGUUCUGUGUGAAGCUAAUGUGACCAUUGCUGUUGAGGCCAACAAGCCACGACCAGAGUGUGAAAUCAAGAACAGACCCAGCCUCCUUGUAGAGAAGAUUAAUCUUUUUGCCAUGUUUGGCACUGGCAUAUCCAUGAGCACAUGGGUAUGGACCAAAGCAACCAUUAUUAUCUGGAAGAGAGCCUGGUGCAGGGUUUUGGGACGCAGUGAUGAUGAACCAAAAAGAAUCAAGAAAAGUAAGAUGAUUGCAAAGGCAUUUUCUAAGAGAAAGGAACUGUUAAACAACCCUGAGAGAGAACUGUCCUUCAGUCUGCAUACAGUGUCUCAUGAAGGACCAGUUGCUGGUCUGAACUUUGACAUUAAUGAGCCUUCGGCUGAUAUGUCAUCGGCAUGGGCACAGCAUGUGACAAAGAUGGUGGCCAGGAGAGGAGCCAUUUUACCUCAGGAUGUUUCUGUAACACCUGUGGCAACUCCAGUGCCUCCUGAAGAGAGAGAAAACAUGUGGCUUGCCGAUGCAAACAACCCUUAUGGACUGGAGAAGAAAACUGCUAAAAAGAAAAAGAGGAGGAAGAAAGAGGUCAGACCAAUGGAGGAAUCUAGGGGCAUAAAUAGCUAUGCACUUCGGGCCUCAACAGCGGUACCUCGUCUUCCAAAACUUCCUACUAAGCCAGGUCUAGUGACCAGAGCUAAAGAACCUCAGGACCUGGACGAUGCUCUUCCAGGAUCAUACCGAGAGUGCAUGAGAUGGCCCCCUCUGCAAGGAAGUUUAUACUAUGCUGAAAACAUGGAUGACCAUCUUGGUUACAGAAGAUAUACUCACAGUAAUUUGAUGUCUCCUUACUCCACUGAUGAGCUUCCUAUCCCUGGACAGAGCAGUGUCCCUCAACCAAAGCAUGACGGUGUAUUCCAAUACUCAAAUGGGAAUAACCAACGGUAUUCCAUGAGGCAUGGCCCUUGUGAUAGAACUGAAGUUAAAAGACCAGGGUUUCCUCCAAUGCAUUCCAGGGCAAACCUUAUGGAUGCUGAACUAAUGGACACAGAUUCAGAUUUCUAGGGGUUCUUCAGUUGUUUAAAAAGGGGUUAAUAGUUGCAAUCUACAUGAAUAUAUUUUGAUCUAAUUAAAAAUUGUUUUCAGAAA